AACAUGCAACAGCUAUUAUUACAGCUAUCAUUGUAAUAUUUGUAAUUUAAUUCUUUUAACUUAUUAAGUUUGACUGCACAAAUUUAAAAAAAAACCAUAUCAUUAAAUAUUACAAAUAACCUCAAAAGGAAGUAAUUUAAAUUGAUAUCGUCAUGUCCGAAAAGCGUUCACUCGAUCCAGAUCUUAAUUGUGAUGACUCCGAAGAGAUUGGUGCUCAAUUCAAAACUGCUCCAGCUGAUGAAUUACAGAGUCGUGUAAUUAAAAAGGCGCGUCGAAAAAUUUCUGCUUCCUCUGAGGUGGAUGGGAAUAAGACUGUUUUUAGUGGAUUUACAGGUUUUAAAAAAUUUACAAACUCGCCUAUUGCUUCGACUGCUUCACCGUUUUCAUUUUUGAACAAAAUAAGCUCAACCACUUCAACCGCCCCUACUAUGAUCAAAAAUGGAUCUCAUAAACCAAAAGUAGACUAUUCAAGACUUGAACGACUUAAUCAAGAUUUAAUAGACUGGAUAAAAAAAAAUAUUGAAGAAAAUCCAAUUUGUAUUUUAACGCCCAUGUUUAAAGAUUACGAAAAUUAUGUCAAAGAAAUUAUGGAGAGUGAUGAUAAUGCUUCAAAAGGAAAUGAUCAAGAAAAUUUAACUAACGUCACAUCAACAUCAUCGAAUGGUUCUGAGUCAAAACCCUUUUCUUUUGGUUCCAAUCUUCCCAAAGUAUCAGUGAAUGAUACUGAAACACCAUCUUCUCCAGGGGUUUUUGCUGCUAAUUUGAAAGGAACAAACUCUACAUCUAUUUUUGGAAGUUCUGGAGGAUUUCAAUUUGGUAAAUCUAAUGCUGUCGGAAGCACAACUACUUCUCCUUCUAGCGGAUUUAGCUUUACAAAUUCUAAACCAUUUACUUUUGGUGGAAGCGUGUCUAAUCAGAAUAAUGCACUUGACGGAAAUAAAGUUGCUGAGGUAGAAAAUGAAGAAGACGAGGAACCACCAAAAAACGAUUUUAAAGCAGUGGUAGAAGAGGAUAGUGUAUAUUCAAAACGAUGUAAAGUUUUUGUUAAGCAUGAUGGCAAUUUUGCAGACCGAGGUGUAGGAACACUCUAUCUAAAACCAAUUAAAGAUCAAGAAAAAACGCAGUUGAUUGUCAGAGCCGAUACAAAUUUAGGCAAUAUUUUAUUAAAUUUUAUUUUAAGUGAAGGUUUACCAACCCAACGUAUGGGUAAAAAUAAUGUGAUGGUAGUAUGCGUUCCAACACCUGAAUGCGAACAAAAACCUACAUCCGUCUUACUUAGAGUUAAAACUUCCCAAGAAGCAGAUGAGCUCUUAGAAACGAUUAAUAAAUACAAAAAGUAAUGUAUUAAUUAGAUAAUAAAUAUGACUGUUGAUUAAAUUCAAUUUA